AUGAAGGGAACAAUUGCUACCCCGUGGAAGACGCCACCAGUUUUUAGCGAUAGUUACACCGUCAAAGGCACUCUAUAUAUUCCAUAUGCGGAAAUACGAGAACCUUUCUAUGCAUGGUAUGACUUACAAGCAGGGUCUAGCCGAAUUGAUUAUUAUGGAGGUAUGGUAAAGACUUACCAAUUGAGUACAAUUGGAAAAUUUGGAGUAAUGCGUAAAAUAGUACCGGUGACAACUGAAACACAAAUGAACGUAGAUUCUUGCCUUCAAGUUAAUGGAUCUAAAGAAUUUCAUGUCCAACCGCAGAGUAUCUUGCCCGACUUGUCACAAUUCAAGUGGAUUGGGCAAGAUAUGGUGGCUGGUGUGCAGUGUGACAAGUGGCGUCUAGUUGACAGACAAGGAGACAAAGUCAGUAAAUACACCAUGUGGGUUCGUACAAAGCGGAGCGUGGGGCGCGCGGACCUGGUGGUGCCCAUCCGCUACGAGAUGAAGGGCUACAACUCGCUGCUGGGCUCGCACUACGACCACUACUACCUGGAGUACGAAUGGUUCUCGGCGGAGGUGCCGAGCCCCGAGGUGUUCCGGCUGCGCGCCAACGAGACGUGCGGCGCGUUCCCGGGCCCGGGCGACCGCCACCUCGCCACCUUCAACCCCAUGCGCGAGUUCGUGCACGGCGACGACGCGCACAACCGUGCUGGGCUGGGCUUCUCCCUGGACAUUAACCAUUUGGCAGACCGCAGCGACAUAGAAUUGAAGGCCCUUAGAGGUCGGCAAUAUACCAAACAGGCCAGUAAUGGGGGUCUACCUUUCCCACAUGCUACAACACCUGAUGCCCUAAAUGCCAUUCCGGACAACCUUGAUUGGAGACUUCUGGGAGCUGUUACCCCUGUGAAAGAUCAGUCUGUCUGUGGUUCAUGCUGGAGUUUUGGAACAACUGGCACAAUUGAAGGUGCCUACUUCCUAAAAUACCACAAACAAGUUCGCCUUUCUCAGCAGGCACUCAUUGACUGUAGCUGGGGAUUUGGAAACAAUGGAUGUGAUGGUGGUGAGGAUUUCCGUUCCUAUGAUUGGAUGAUGAAACAUGGUGGACUGCCCUCUGAAGAUGAAUAUGGGCCUUAUCUUGGCCAGGAUGGCUACUGCCAUAUUGACAAAGUGAAACCUGUUGCUGCCAUCAAAGGCUUUGUGAAUGUGACUUCAGGAGAUGAGAAAGCUCUCAAAGUUGCUGUAGCAAAGCAAGGUCCUAUUUCUAUUGCCAUUGAUGCCUCUAAGAAGACUUUCACCUUUUAUGCUAAUGGCAUUUAUUAUGACCCUGAAUGUGGUAAUCAACCUGACCAAUUAGACCAUGCUGUUCUAUUGGUGGGAUAUGGCAAACUCAAUGGAAAACCAUAUUGGCUUGUGAAGAAUUCUUGGUCCAAUUAUUGGGGUAACGAUGGCUACGUGCUAAUGUCACCUAAAAACAACAACUGUGGAGUUAUGACAGACCCAACAUAUGUUCUCAUGUGAUGAUAUUGUAGUUAUCUGUGAUAGCAAGAGUGUGUUCUCUGUGUUUGUUGUUCUCUGGACUCUCUUGCAUUUGUUGAUAGUCACUUCUUUCAUGCUGUAAGUACCAGGGAGAAAGGGUAAAAGCUUGCCAUUUUAUUUUACUGUCGUCUUGUGCCCUAUCGUGACCACUAUGAUCCAGUGUGUUCUACAUUGUAUUUUUGUAUGUCUGGCCUUAAAUAAUAUUUUGAAUAAAGAGAAUGUUUUUUUACUUGACGUGUAUGGUCAAUAGUUGUAAUAAAAGAGAAGAGCUUGUGAUCUAAAUGACACUUGUACUUAAAGAAUAAAGAGAGAUGGAAUAAUUUAAAUGUUUGCUUUGAUCCAUAUUGUGUAUGAACCCACGUUUCCCAUAUUCACAUGCAAUUAUUUCUAAUGCACACAAUUGUUUUUUAUUUUGCUCUUUUUGUUUAGUGCAUUGAAGUCAGAAGUUUGGAGUAAUCUUGAAAGUAAUAUUUCUUAAAUUUUUUAUUGAAACCCAUUAAAAGCUCCAGUGUUUAUCAAAAAUUACGAUGAAGAAUUAGUUGUUAUAGGCAUUGUCUUGAUUGCUCUACAAUAUGUGGGUCUAUUUGAAUGCUACAACGAUUAUGAUAUGGGCCUUUUCUUAGAGAGGACUUUUUUUACUGCAAUUUUUCCUCAAGUGUCAGUUACGAUAGUAUUAUUUUGAACUGUUGAAUAGCUAUAUGCUCUUGAAGGCAUUACAAGAAGAUUGGGGUCAAUUAGGACUCACAGCUUGAUUUUAUUUUGAAUAAAAAAAGUAUAUAUUAUUUUCAUGUAAUGUUUGUAAAAGAAAACUGCCAUGCUCAAAGAAGAAGAAUUUACAAUUUGAAAAACAAUAUGUAAGAAUUUAUAAAAAUAACAAAAUUGUAGGGUGUAGAGUUGGUCUAUUUUCACAAAGUUUCUGGGUGCAACAUUGUCAAGUAACAGUGAUAUGUCUUAAUGCAAUGUGAAAUAAACCUCAACUAGAGGAUCUAAAAGGAAAUUAUGUGCUACCUUGAUCAAAGUAGUUUUUAUUUAAGCUUUAGUGAAUCGAUAGGGUGAGACGCUUCUUUAGAAUACCAAAAACUGUUUUAAAAGCCGAAAACGAAAUGGUAAUUCCUGCAAACAAGUCAAAAGGAUGAAAAUGUGCGAAAAUUCUGUUCUUCAAUGUCUU